AUGGCUUACCAAUUCGAAGAAAUACCCGCUUACAAAACAUAUCUCGCUGUGCUAAAAGACAGUGCGUCUACGCUUCCAGCUUACACUGCGGACGAACUCCAAAACGAGAUCACAGUCUUCCCCGGCGAACUCAAAUGCCGGUACCCCAACUGCUCAAGAGUGUUUUCAAGGACAAAAACCCUCAGGAUUCAUCUGAUGAAGCAUGAUGUCCAAGUCGAAAAGGCUAAGCCAGGCCGCAUGGGCACGAGGUUGGCUGCCGCUGCGACAGACUUCUAUCUCGGCGUCGAGAAAGAGUACCACAAGACACGCCAACAGUUCAACACUGGAAGCGACUCGGCGCGUGAGGAGACCGCACCGCAGCUGGACUCGGCAGAGACUCGGCCAGAGCCCGGGGAAGAGUCUGACUUCUCGGAUGCGGAAUUGGUUCGCGCCCGGGAUAACGUUACCAAAAGACGUCGGCCACUGCAAUCCUCAAGGAAGCCCUUGCAGAGACUGCGCGCAUCCUCUCUUGAGCGGAAUUCUGACUCAGCCAUAACCUCGUUGUCAAGAAGAUCACUGUCACCUCUUCCUGCAGAUGAUGAUGAAACGAAUAUCGUCGAUGUCGGGAUGAAGGAGGAGAGUGAGGUAUCUCUGUCUAGUCGGAUCAUCAGCUCAGAAGACCACGGGGAUGGGCCGCAUCAUCUCGAAGAGGCUUCUGAAGAAUCGACAACCAGGGCAGUCACUGGUCGUCCUGCGCAUGAACUUCUUUCGAUGUUCGCCGAGAUCCUGGCCAGGCUUACCGAGUUUCUCAACCAGGCUCGUUAG